AUGCGCUCUACUCAGUUCGCUGCGGCCGUUGCCGCCUUUGCUGGCCUUGCUGUCGCCAAGACCUGCACCAAGGAUAUUGAGAUCUCCGAGCCCACGCCUGUGAUCGACUGCGAUGUUGUCGACGCUGAUAUCACUGUCAAUGAGGAUGUUUCUGGCGCUCUCAGCAUUGAGGGCCCCAAGCAGCUCAAGGGCAACCUGAUCAUCAAUAACGCAUCCAGCAUUCUCUCCAUUUCUUCCAGCUCCAUCAACUCCAUCGGAGGACGGCUGGAAUUCCAGGAGCUGAACAGCCUCAACUCCAUCGACAUGGGCUCUCUUGAGAGCGUUUCGGAGAUUGUCAUGAGGAAGCUCACUGCUCUCCAGACCAUCACCUUUGGCUCCGACUCUGUCACCGAGGCCGAAAGUGUCGAGAUUACUGAUACCGACCUGUCCUCCCUCAGUGGUCUGAUGCUCACCUCGGUCAAGGAUCUCAACAUCAACAACAACGACCGUCUCACCAAGUUUGACUCUGCUCUCGUCAACGUAACCGGUCAGCUUUUGAUCAACAGCAAUGGCCGUGACAUGGAGAUCACAUUGAACGAUCUCGAGUCUGCUAGUGAGAUCCAGAUCGGCAACGUCAAGACUUUCGAGGUUCCCAAGCUGUCGGUCGUCAAGGCUUCCCUGAAGUUCGAUCAGUGCGACAAGCUUGAGUCCUUCAGCGCGCCCAACCUGACCAAGAUCACCGACGCUCUGGCCUUCAUCAACAACGAGCAGCUCUCCAACGUGAGCUUCCCCAAGCUGACGGAGAUUGGUGGCGAUCUUCGCAUCGUCAACAACACCGAGUUCACCGACAUCAGCGGCUUCCCCAAGCUUGAGAGCGCUGCCAGCAUCAACUUUGGUGGUAACUUCGAAGAGAUCGAUAUGCCUGAGCUCAACCGCGUCAGCGGUACUGCUGAUGUGUCCACCACCAGCACCGAGGAGGAUUUCUGCAAGUUCUUCGAGAAGGCCGACGAUGACGGUGUUAUUCGCGGCGGUGCUGACUGCACAUUCGACAACGAGGACGCUAACCAAGGUGGCGAGACUGAGGGUGGACGCAAGACUGAUGGCUCUUCCAGCAGCGGCGACGACAGCGGCGACAACGAGGAUGCCGCUGGCAUUGUUGGUGUCAACACUGCCCUGAUGGGUCUUGCUCUCAUUGCCGGUGUUGCCCAGCUGCUAUAA